AUGUCAACCAGUCGUGAAGAUUCCGUGUACUUAGCCAAGUUGGCUGAACAGGCCGAACGUUACGAAGAAAUGGUCGAAAACAUGAAGGCCGUAGCCUCCUCCGGCCAAGAGCUCUCCGUUGAAGAACGUAACUUGUUGUCCGUUGCCUACAAGAACGUUAUUGGUGCCCGUCGUGCUUCCUGGAGAAUCGUAUCCUCUAUCGAACAGAAGGAGGAGUCUAAGGAGAAGUCCGAACACCAGGUCGAGCUGAUUCGCUCGUACCGUUCGAAGAUCGAAACUGAACUUACCAAGAUCUCCGACGACAUUUUAUCCGUGCUAGACUCUCACCUGAUUCCAUCCGCCACCACCGGUGAGUCCAAGGUCUUCUACUACAAGAUGAAGGGUGAUUACCACCGUUAUUUGGCCGAGUUUUCCAGUACUGACGCCAGAGAAAAGGCCACUAACGCUUCUUUGGAGGCCUACAAGACCGCUUCUGAGAUUGCUACCACAGAGUUGCCACCAACCCACCCAAUCCGUCUGGGUUUGGCCCUUAACUUCUCCGUCUUCUACUACGAAAUUCAAAACUCCCCAGACAAAGCCUGUCAUCUGGCCAAACAAGCCUUCGACGACGCUAUUGCCGAGUUGGACACUCUAUCCGAAGAAUCAUACAAAGAUAGCACACUGAUCAUGCAACUGUUAAGGGACAAUUUGACUUUAUGGACUUCAGACAUGUCCGAAUCAGGCCAGGCUGAAGACCAACAGCAACAACAGCAGCAGCAGCCUGCUGCUGCCACUGAGGGUGAAGCACCAAAGUAA